AGUCGCGCAAGCCCGAAAUUGAAAAGUUUGUACACGGGUGCGGUGUUGUUGCCUGAAAAAUCAAAUAAAAAAGUGGCAGAUUUCCAUCCCAAACCGAGGAAAGUGCGGUAAUUUUCUGGUAAAAGGUGUGACAAACACCCGAUAUGAGUUACCAAAGCCGAUCAAUGUCAUAUCAAAACGCCUCCGACAUGCCCAAGUCCAACUCCAAAGACCCAGCGGUCAUGUCCUGGCAACAGAACAACUACAUGGGUGAUUCGGGUAUCCACUCUGGCGCCCAAACCCAGGUACCCUCGCUCAGCGGCAAGGAAGACCUUUCCGAGGACCUCUUCGACCUGGACCAAGGAGGUUACCCGGGUUUUACCCAGGAUCAGGUCGACGAGAUGAACAGCCAGCUGACGCAGACCAGGUCGCACAGGGUGAGGGCUGCCAUGUUCCCGGAAACGCUGGAAGAAGGUAUCGAAAUUCCAUCAACCCAAUUCGACCCUCAGACCCAAACAGCAGUCCAACGAUUGGCAGAACCCAGCCAAAUGCUGAGACAUGCCGUGGUCAACCUAAUUAACUACCAAGACGAUGCCGAACUAGCCACCAGAGCUAUCCCUGAGUUGAUCAAACUCCUAAAUGACGAAGACCAAGUGGUGGUAUCCCAAGCGGCCAUGAUGGUCCACCAAUUGUCCAAAAAGGAGGCUUCUAGGCACGCUAUAAUGAACAGUCCCCAAAUGGUAGCAGCUUUGGUUAGAGCUAUAUCCAAUUCAAAUGACUUGGAGACCACGAAGGGUGCUGUUGGUACCUUGCACAAGUUGUCCCAUCACAGACAAGGGUUGCUGGCUAUAUUCAAAAGUGGUGGUAUACCCGCCUUGGUGAAAUUACUAAGUUCACCCGUGGAAAGCGUGUUGUUCUAUGCGAUAACCACAUUACAUAACCUCUUGUUGCACCAGGAAGGUUCGAAGAUGGCUGUGCGUCUGGCUGGAGGGUUACAGAAGAUGGUGGCCUUGUUACAGAGGAACAACACCAAGUUUUUGGCUAUUGUCACCGACUGUUUGCAAAUUUUGGCUUUUGGCAAUCAGGAAAGCAAGCUGAUUAUUCUGGCUUCCCAAGGACCCAUUGAGCUGGUCAGGAUAAUGAGGUCUUACAAUUACGAGAAGCUGUUGUGGACCACCUCAAGAGUUUUGAAGGUUUUGUCAGUUUGCUCUAGCAACAAACCAGCUAUAGUCGAAGCGGGCGGUAUGCAAGCUCUAGCCAUGCACUUGGGCAGUGGAAGUCAGAGAUUGGUCCAAAACUGCCUGUGGACUUUAAGGAAUUUGUCUGACGCUGCUACAAAAGUCAACGGACUGGACACUCUUCUGUCAUCCUUGGUACAAGUCUUGUCGUCGCCAGAUGGCAAUGUAGUCACUUGUGCUGCAGGAAUCUUAUCGAAUCUGACUUGUAACAAUCAGUUUAACAAAGAGACUGUUUGUCAGUAUGAUGGCAUUUCCGCGUUGGUGAGGACCAUCGUGAACGCUGGAGAUCACGAAGAAAUCACAGAACCCGCCAUAUGCGCUCUCAGACAUUUGACAUCGAGACACGAUAAAUCAGAACUCGCACAAAAUCAAGUCAGAGUUGUUGGUGGUAUUCCCGUAAUCGUAAGAUUGCUGAACCCUCCGUCUCGCUGGCCUUUGGUCAAGGCAGUCAUUGGACUGAUCAGAAACCUAGCUUUAUGUCCUGACAAUUUCUUGCCUCUUCGUGAAUCGUGCGCCAUCAAUUAUUUGGUGCAGUUGCUGAUGAGGGCUUACCAAGAUACCCAAAGACGAGCCAGCUUAGCCAGCGGUGGCAGCCAACCCCCAGGUACAUACGCCGACGGUGUCCGAAUGGAGGAGAUCAUAGAGGGCACCGUUGGCGCUCUCCACAUCCUAGCCCGCGAGUGGAACAACCGCGAACAGAUCCGGCAACAGCGCGUCAUCCCCAUCUUCGUGCAGCUGCUCUUCAACGACAUCGAGAACAUCCAGCGCGUGGCGGCGGGCGUGUUAAAGGCCACCGCCCUUUGGACGGAAAUUGUUGCACUGGUAACAAGAACAGUGGGUGCGGAAUAUAAAGGCAACCGUUACUUUUGGGCCGGCAUUUACAUGAGUGGAAGCGUGGCUACUUACGCGGCUGCAGUUUUGUUCCGUAUGUCCGAGGAUAAGCCUCAGGAGUACAAGAAACGUCUGUCCAUGGAACUGUCCAGCUCUCUGUUCCGCGAAGAGAACCUCUGGAACCCUGAUCUGGGUAUGGGGACCGAUUUCCAGGAUAUGUUAAGUCCUGAACAGGCUUACGAUAAUAUGUACGCCCAGGACCCGCCUAGCGUUCACAGUAGUCAUGGCGGAAGGCCAUAUCAACAGCAACAAGCCCUGUUUAGCGAACUACAAAUAAAUAUGGACAUGGACAUGGAUACCAUGGAAGCGCUGCCAGCGCCGCCCGAGUCUAACGACCAAGUCGCGGCUUGGUACGACACCGAUCUUUAAAAUAAUUCCUCUAAUCUUGACAUUUCAAUGUCAAAUUCGAAAUUAUUCUACAGGUUGACUUUGGGAAAAUUGGUCAAAAUAAAUUCGAUUUUAUAUUGAUCAAUUCCUUCCGUAUGCGAGCGCGUUUUAGAACGUCGAGCCAUCUAUUGUCGAAUAGCCGAACUAAAAAAGUUUGUAGAAGUGACACUUCUCGUUGUUUUGCUCAUAUAGUUAUAAAAGAAUAUACUACAGGUAUCAAUAUUGAGGGAAAGAGUAAAAAUCGGUAUCUGUGAUAUUUUCACCGUGAAAUCAAAGUAUCGAGCAGUGAAUUGCUGAAGCGUGAAAAUCUUGAAUGAUACUGAGAAGUAUGUAAACAAUUUUAAAUAAUAUGUUAUAAAAUUUUAAACGUGUCACUUCUAUAACCUUCAAUUUGCUUCAAACUUACGAGACAUUAUAUUUAUUUUAUUAGCUCUAUCCAAACGUAGUAGU